CGGGGGUAAUUGCCCUUCCCCCUGGGCCACUAGGCUACAUAAACUUCAUCAAUAGCUGAUGUCCGUUCACGUCCUUUCACAUGCGCACUGGACUGUAGCAGACAAAUACAGACAGCUUGGUCAGACUUGAAUCCACUAGCAGGCACAAUGAAAGGGAAUCAGUGGGGAUAUGGAAAAGAGGACGGUCCCUCUAUAUGGCACAAAAACUUCCCCGUUGCUGAGGGGGACCGGCAGUCUCCCAUUGACAUCAUCCCUAAGGAGGCUCCCCGUGACCCCAAUCUGGGCCCGAUUGUCCUAAACUACGACCAGUGUACCUCCCUCAACAUCACCAACAAUGGACACUCUGUAGUUGUGGAGUUUGAUGAUACUGAUGACCGCUCAGUGAUCCAGGGAGGCCCUCUUGGCAACCCCUACAGACUGAAACAGUUCCACUUCCACUGGGGCGGAAAGGGCUGUCAUGGCUCUGAGCACACCGUUGAAGGAAUGAGCUAUGCAUCUGAGCUUCAUCUAGUACACUGGAAUGCUGUCAAGUACAAGUCGUUUGGGCAGGCGGCAGAAGCUCCCGACGGCCUCGCUGUCCUCGGCAUCUUUUUAGAUACUGGUGACGACCACAGAUGGCUCCAUAUGAUAACAGACGCUCUGUACAUGGUGAAGUUUAAGGCUAGUGUCACAGAUUUCAAAGGUUUCAACCCCAAGUGCCUCCUACCCAGCAGCCUUCACUACUGGACCUACCUAGGAUCUCUGACCACACCCCCUCUACACGAGAGCGUCAUCUGGAUUGUUCUGAAGGAGCCAAUCAUUGUGUCUGAAAAACAGCUGGGCAAAUUCAGAACGCUCCUGUUCAGUGGAGAGGAAGAGGAUCAGAGGAUGCGCAUGGAAAACAACUUCAGGCCUCCACAGCCCCUCAAAGGCAGGGAAGUGCGUUCCUCCAAUUAAUGUGACCUCAAGAGAUCUGAAGUCGUGGAUAACAGUGGCUUUCUUAAACAGUGAAUGCAUUAAUUUGAGUGUUGUUGUGUUUUUGUUUUUGUUUUGUUUUUGUUUGUUUUGUUUUUUUUUUUACCUCAUGGUAGCUUGUUCUGAGGAUUUCUGAUUUACUGUGUACAAAAGGAAAAAGGUGUAAUUCUCAUCACUGCCAACACAUUGAGGUGCAUGUUUCCCUCUACUGGUCAGAAGCAUCAACAUCAAAGGGAGAUAUUGUUUUUUAGAAGGGAUAUAAUAAUAUUAACAGUUAUAGUUAUUUGACUCGUAUGCUAUUUGGUCAGAUUAGCUAUGAAGAUUCAGAGGUUGAAUCAUGUACUUGUACCUCCAUGGGAAAGUAGUGUUGCUGAGGCAACAAACUGCUACAUCAACUAGCAGAAAGCUCUUGUAAGGUGCUAUUAUAUGUAAUGUAUAUGGUGAAUGUGAAUCCCACUGCAGUCUGUUGCUUUUUUUCCACACUGGUAUUGUACCAUUCACAACCCUCCCUGAUCCCUGACCAUUUUGUGGGGAUUCUCAGUCCUUCCAACUGGAGGUGGGAUUGGAUCAGUGCUGUGUUUGCUUACAACGCUUUGUUUGGCAGUGUCAGGUCCUUCAGAGCUCAAGAGACUGAGAUAUUAGCCCUCGGCAGUGUG